AAAAUGGGCUCUUCUUUUCUUCUAUGAAAAAAUUGGGGUUUCGGGAUCUUAAGAUUUUCAUGCGAUCCUUUUGGCAGUAAUUUUAUUUUGGUGGAGGGCACUCUACCGAAAAAGACUCAUGUUGCCUCAGAGUAUGAUUGCUUCUGCAACUUGAUUCUAUUUUAGUUGGUCUUUUUUCACAAUAAGAAGAGCCACAAAAAAGACAUACACAUGAACACUUUGACUUAGUUUUUCUGCAAUAGUUGAGGAGUAAAGCAAGGAAGAAAACCAGUUUCCCUUGUACUUCAAGUGUAGAAAGUGCAGCACCUUCAUCUACUUCCAAGCCAAGCCAAUAACUCCAAAAUCCCAUUACUCAUUUCCUGAACUAAUCAUCCUUAUAAAUUAAAACUCAAUGACCCUCACUAGAAUUACCCAAAAUCAACCAAUCUUUGCAGAGCUCUUAAGCCGAUAAAGAUGGAUAAGUUCCUCGUUUUGUUCCUUAGUUUACUGUUGUUAGCAGUACAUGGACGGGCAGAGUACUCUGAGGAUGAUAAACUGAGGAUCGUUGAAGACCUUGUAAGCUGGGACGUGGAAGAUGAAUAUGAAGCGGAAGAUUCUGCAAACACCUUCUGGGAUAGUGAACGCAGCGCUAAGGUUCUCGUGAAUUUGGACAGUUUCGGGGCAGCUGGUGAUGGAAUAUCUGAUGAUACAGAGGCCUUUCUAAAAGCUUGGAAAACAGCCUGCUCUACAUCAAACUCUGUCUUCUUGGUUCCUCCAGGACGUCGUUAUCUAGUGAAUGCAACACGAUUUAAGGGACCCUGUGCAGACAAUUUAAUUAUCCAGAUUGAUGGAACUAUUGUAGCACCAGAUGAGCCCAGUAACUGGGAUCCGCAGCUUCCACGGAUCUGGCUCGAUUUUUCUAAACUGAAUGGAGUCAUAUUCCAAGGUAAUGGGGUAAUUGACGGAUCAGGCGGCAAGUGGUGGGCUUCAUCUUGCAAAAAGAACAAAACAAAUCCUUGCAGAGCUGCUCCAUCGGCACUGACCAUAGACUCGAGCUCAUCUGUGAAGGUUAAAGGCCUUACUAUUCAAAACAGCCAACAGAUGAACUUUGUGAUCUCGAGGUGUAACUCUGUCCGGAUCUCUGAAGUGCUUGUCUCAUGCCCUGGGGACAGUCCCAACACUGAUGGCAUCCACAUUUCUGAGUCAACUAAUGUCGUUCUGCAGGACUCCAAGAUCGGAACAGGGGAUGAUUGUGUCUCCAUCGUUAAUGCAAGUUCGAACAUCAAGAUGAAGAGGAUUUAUUGCGGACCUGGACAUGGAAUAAGUAUUGGGAGCCUUGGGAAGGACAACACGACAGCCAUCGUCACAAAGGUGGUCCUGGACACAGCAUUCCUCAAGGAGACUACUAAUGGUCUCAGGAUAAAGACAUGGCAGGGUGGAUCAGGGUAUGUUCGAGCAGUUCGGUUUGAGAAUGUUCAGCUGCAAGAAGUCGCUAACCCUAUCAUUAUUGAUCAAUUCUACUGCGACUCCCCGACUGCAUGUCAGAAUCAGACUUCAGCUGUUAAAAUAAGCCAGAUCAUGUACCGGAACAUCACUGGGACCACAAAAAGCGAGGAGGCCAUCAAGUUCGCCUGCAGCGAUACAGUUCCAUGCAGCAACAUCGUCCUAAGCAAUGUUAACCUCGAAAGGAAGGACGGGACAGUAGAGACUUACUGCAACUCUGCUGAAGGUUUUGGGUACGGAGUCGUGCAUCCUUCGGCCGAUUGCCUCAGUUCUCAAGACAAGGGUUGUAUUACAAGUGAUGUCAUCAAGAGUGUUGUGGCCACUGAACCUGAACUGGACCAUAUUGUUCAUACCGAGCUCUAACCCUGCUCAGAACUAUAUCAUAACAAACUUCGGGAUAUAGCCAUAGUAUAUACAAAUACAUUACUGAAAUCUGAUAGUUGAGGGGGUAGCAAUUAUGUAGAGGCUUGCUAGAGGAGGUUUGCGGCGACUGGGCCAAAUUUCAAGGGAGAUUGCGGGUAUUUUAAUUUUAUGUGUACGUGAAGUGAAAAAGCAGAGGUGAUUUGGAGAUGUAACAAGUGAGUAACUGAUGCAAGUUAUACAAUAAGAAAAAUCUCAUAUGCAAUAGAUUGCAUUAUGCGGAGGUUAAUGCUUUUAUCUA